ACUGGAAAUUAUUUCGUUUUCGUUUUGUGAAUAUCGAGAGUCGAGACGUCACUCGAAUGUACCACGCCGGUCUCACCAAUGGCGCCGAACUAUAUAUAAAUAUUAAAUAUAGACAAUGUUUACAUGUUUAAGUUUAAACAAAAAGCAGUUUCGACACUUUGAAUGCAUCUACAUUUUUAGGAAAAAAAAUCAGUUUUGAAAUAGCUUGAUGUUUAUUAUCUGAAACAGAACCUAAAUAAGAUGGCAUUAUCUCUACCGCAACAGUUUUGUGUGAGAUGGAACAGUUACCAGUCAAAUCUCCAAAAUGCCUUCCCAAAACUUCUCAACUCAGAGCAUUUUGUGGAUGUCACCUUGGCUUGUGAGAAUGAAAUGCUAAAAUGUCACAAGGUGGUUUUAUCAGCUUGUUCGACAUAUUUUGAAAAGUUGCUCCUACAUAAUCCCUGUCAGCACCCCAUCAUCUUCAUGAAAGAUAUGAAAUUUCAUGAAAUGCAGUCAUUAAUUGAUUUUAUGUAUAAAGGUGAAGUUAAUGUAUCUCAAGAUGAUCUCCCAUCCCUAUUGAAAUCAGCGGAAGCUCUACAAAUAAGAGGGCUAUGUGGUUCAGAUCAAAUCUUUGGACAACAAAAUUUUGUCAAGACACAGUUGGCUAGAGCUUCGGCAGCUGUAGCUGCAGCUUCUUCACAAGCAUCCUCUAGCACAAUUCCAAUAAACGAAAAUGAAAAAUCACAAAAUCAGGAUCAUAAUGUAAAAUCAGAAAAAACAGAUGAAAUGGAUUGUCAUCAAUCGGCAUCCGAAUCAGAUUCUAACGAUUGUUUACAAAUAAGAGAGGAUAAUGAAGUUAAGGAAGAACCGGAAGUGGAUGAAUCUUAUUAUGAGGGUGAAUCUGAAAUGUUGGAUACAGAAUUUAUAGAAGGUGAAGGAAUUAUUAACACAGGAGGGGAAGACAAAACAACACCCAUUACUGCAAUGGCAAACGUUUCAUGUCAUUAUGAUGGCAACCCAGUUUCAGGUUCUUCGGCUAAGCGAAUAAGAAGAACAGAUGAAGAACUGAGAAGGGCGGCAGAGUGUAUAACAAGGGGCCAAACGUUCCAGAAUGUGAGCGAUCAGUUUAGCAUACCAAUCUCCACGAUACGUUUUUAUAUGGCCAGAAAAGGAAUAUUACCAAGGCGUAAAAGAGGACGGGCAUGUUCUGGUUCGGUUCAUGUCAAUCUUCCUGUUAAUAAUUCGGGUUAUAAUUCAAACUUGUACUCUACAGCACCGAACCACCUUUCACCUGGUAACACUAGUCCAGUUGCUAGACCCCAGAUUUUGUAUAAAUAUAUGAAUCCUAGGAAUGAUUUGUCAUUUUUGAAGUCGAAUGCAUCAAGAUAAAGUGGCCAAGAAUUGACCAGAAAGCAAUUUCAACAAUGAAGUCAAGAAUAUGUGUAUUAUUUCAAUGCGAAUUUUAAAAGUGGUCCACAAGCAUUCAGGUUUGACUUUGAAUGAAGAGAUUUUUAUGAAUCUACACUAAUUUUAUUUGAAACUGAAAUAAGGGGACUUUUUCUCUAUUACCGACAGAAGGUAAUGUAGAUCCCAAAUAUAUUUGACUGAAAGGCAAUUUGUGAAAAUUGUCUAUUAUGAGCUAUUUAAACUCAUGGACUAUUCAAACUAACUCCUAGUGAGUUUCUUAAUUCCUAAGUUAAGAAACUUGUGAGUUUCUUAACUCUUAAGUUAAGGAACUUGACUAAUGUAUGUAUUUAAGUUUCAGGAACUCAUAUUUUUUAAAUUGUUUAAAAUUGCUAAUGAUAUACCGAAAUGAAGGUUAUUUAUCAAAAAGUUCAAUUCAGAUAAAGCAGACAAUAAACAAAAUACCAGGCAGGAAAUUCUUGAAACGACAGUCAUUCCUAAUGCAAAUGAACCUUCUUUUUAAAACUUCUAAAGAAUUGGAACUUACUUUUCUUAGGUAUAGAUUGAAACUUUGAUUCUAAGAAAAUUUCAGUUUUAUGAGAAUGUUGAAACAUAAACUAUUUAUUUUUUUUUACGAUCCAAAUGAAUAUUUCAUUUUCACUUAGAUUAAGAUAAUUUAUUUUCACGUUUUUAUGACAUGUUACAUCUAAUUUAAAUGAUUUUUUUUCUUGGUUUUAUCUUGCCAUGUAAUUUAUUUAACAAAGAAUUAUUUCCCAUUAUUUAUUUAAUCGAUCUUUAGCGGGUUAUUCUGAGUAGUGUCCGUAAAGAUGAGGACUGUUCAGAACACUAUACACAGAUAUUGAGACUGAUUUUUAAUUGUAGCAGGUGGAGUUGUUCAGGUUUUCUUUGAUAUUAUUUUAAGUUUAAGUAUAUCAUCAAGACAGUAUUUAAGGAAUUCCCAGUAUCAUACCCAUACCAAAAUCAAUGUAAAUAAAUAUUCAUCAAAGUAUCGUAGGGGAUAUGUGUUGUAUGCUUUUCGCUCGUGUGAUGAUGUGAGGAAUCAUUUAGCAGAUUUUGAUCAUAUUAUUCUUGGAGUUACCUGAAAAUCUAGCAGAUGAACUGGGGAAAUGAUAUAUCCUAUUUGAAUCAGUCGAGGAGUUAUCUAUUCUAUUUUGGUAAUUUUGGAUUGCCAAAGCAACUUUCUUGUACAUUGUAUUGACUUAAUUUGAUAUAUUUGAAUUUUUUUGUCUUCAAUCAGUAAUAUGAUGUGGUUUAGGUAAAAUGUAGGUAAUACAAAAUUAUAGUACUAUAAUUAAGUCAUAAGUAGUAGAAGAAUUCACUGAAUCAAUUCUAGUCCAAAUAAUAUAUGAAAAACUCAAUUGAUUUUUGAAUUGCAGUUUCUUAAUAUGUAAAAUAAUUAAAAAUAUCAAACACCAUGGAUUUGCAGAAAAAGUUCACAGCUUUCAGUUGAAAUAAUAUUUCAGUUAAUAUAGCCUUCCAAAAUAUCAAUAGUGCCAUGAAAGUCAAAUGACAAAGUGCCUCUCAUAUCUACAAUUUUAUUUCAAACAAUGAAAUGCAGUAUUAUAAUUUAUGAAAUCAUAUUUGGACAAAACUCACAAAAGAUUUUAUUCAUUGAUCUCAGAAAACAUAAUCCUCCAAAAAAAAAAAUCAGUGUAGGUACGAAAAAUUUAUGUCUAUAUUUAGGUGAAUGUCCCUUAAAGUUUAGGAUUGUGUUGAUUUAAUCAAAAUGUAUUUUUUCGAAAUAAUUCUUACUUCCUCUAUAAAAACAAGUACCUACAUCCAUGUGUAAAGUGCCAUCUUAAUAUAUUUUUCUAGUUUAAUAGAAAGCUUAAGUAUUGUGAAAUUAGACAUAAUUGUAUACAGUAUUUGGUCUUAAUAUAAAAGUAUUAUAUAAAA